GUCCAGGCACCAGGCUCAUCCAGUGUUCGAGUCCUCGUCGACUUCGCUUUCCCGAUUCCUAACCCCGCAGGCCGCAGGCUCGCAUCGCCAAGCAUCUUCCGCGUCUCUUCGGAGACAUCUAGUAAAAGCAUCUUCCGCUACUCCGCCCUCCGCCUCCCCCGUCUGCUUCGCAAUCCGAUCCGGCGACCGGCGGCCAUGGAUCCUGCGCCGCAGACGCACCCGAUCCUCUCUUACGUGCUCUCCCGCAUCCCCAACCUCUCCAUGACCAAGACCCCCACCGCCGAGUUCGACAUCGAGCAGCCGCCUGUGCACACCCCGUCCCCGCGGACGCCGUCCUCCGCGGGAGAGUUCGAGCUCGUCGAGCGCAUGCCGGGGCUGCGCCACCCGUCCGUGCUCCGCGCCAUGACCCGCGCCGUCGCCGACGUCUCCGCCGCGCGCUCCGCGCUGCAGGUGCUCGGCCCGCGCCCCGACCACGAGCUCGUCGACUCCUCCCGCGCCAUAGUGGCCGCCGCCGAGGCCGGGGAUUCGCGGAUCCCCGCGGGCGACGUCGAGGCGUGCCGCGCGGUGGUGCGCCUCGAUGAGACCCACGACGCCUACGAGGCCCUGCUGCACGAGGCCGAGUCCAGGCUCGAGAGGGUGUACCGCUCCGCGAUGGAGGGGACGGACCUGGAUGACGAGGCGGCGGAGAGCGUCAAGGAUCAAGGGCCGGUCGCGGGGCCUGAGGGCGGGGACGCGGCGGUGGGGGAGGAGGUGGUGGCGGUGCUCAAGCAGGCCGAGGAGGGCAAGCCGGUGGACAGCGUGCGCCUCGUGGAUCGCCAGCUUCGCCAUCUGCCCGAGGCGUUCGGGAGGAUCCUGGGGCUCCGUGUGCUCGACGUCUCCCGCAACCAGCUUGAGGUUAUUCCAGAUGCUAUAGGAGGACUUGGUCAUCUUGAAGAGCUUUUUCUUACUGCCAAUGAUUUGGUAUCUCUACCUGAUACCAUUGGACUGCUAUCCAAUCUGAAGAUUUUGAAUGUAUCAAGUAAUAGGCUUAGGGCACUGCCAGAUAGCAUCUCCAAGUGCAGGUCGCUAGUUGAGCUUAAUGUGAGCUAUAAUGGUCUUACUUAUCUGCCAACCAACAUUGGUUAUGACUUGGUAAAUCUGCGAAAACUCUGGAUUCAUAUGAACAAAUUGCGUUCUCUUCCAUCAUCUGUCUGUGAGAUGAGAUCGUUGUAUCUCCUGGAUGCCCAUUUUAAUGAACUAUGCGGUCUACCAUCUCUCUUCGGGAAACUUAGCGGCCUUGAAAUUCUCAACCUUAGCAGCAACUUCAGUGAUUUGAAAGAGCUUCCUCCCUCGUUUGGUGACUUGCUAAAUCUGCGUGAGCUUGACCUAAGCAACAACCAGAUUCAUGCUCUCCCUGACACUUUUGGUCGGCUGGAUAAACUGGAGAAGCUUAACCUAGAGCAGAACCCUCUAGUCAUGCCACCAGAGGACAUUGUGAACAAGGGCGUGGAUGCAGUAAAAGAGUACAUGUCAAAGAGGUGGCUGGACAUAUUGCUCGAGGAAGAACAAAGGCGCAUUGCGGCAGAGACCCCAGAAAUGUCAUCGACUCCUAAAGCUUGGCUGACUCGCAGCGUCUCCUGGGUCACGGACGUUUCUGAGAGUUUGGCAGGGUACCUAGGUGGGAACAAGUCAGAGAAAGAUGCAUAUCUGGACCAGCAGUUUUGAUACUUUAUGUUUCUUUUGCCUAAUGUGCAUUCGCCCCAUGUAUACACAAAUAACGUUUACCAAAAAUCUUCAUUACAGAUGUGUUCCUGGUGAGUAUACCGUACGGUUUUGCUUAGGAAAUGGAUGUGUUCCUAAUGGGUCUGUCGUACGGUUUUACCGUGGUCCAUUGAAUAAUAGUAUCUCACAGCACUUGAGAGUACACUCAAGAU